AUGCCAAUCUUGCCAGGUCUCUUUGAGGGGGCCAAGAACGAUAUAAUUGCCAUACAUGUUUCGAAUACAGGCAACGAAAACUCCGAAACUACUGAAACUUUCGAAUGGACAGAAGCUGAAGAAGGUGCUGUUCGCUUCAAGAUUUAUCUUCGUCUUGUCCCGCUGUCAAUCGUUCCCAUCGGAAACGCCCGCAUCCAGGGUAUGGCUCUCGAUCUCGACCUCGUCGGGUACAGAUUCAACUGGGCUUUGUCCAUAUUCUACAUGACGAACAUCCUUGUCGAGAUACCCAGCAACAUCAUUCUACAGAAGAUCGGCCCCAAAUUCUAUAUCCCAUUGCUUGUUGUGGGCUUUGGACUCGUGUCUCUCUGCACAGCGUUUGUACGUUCGUUUGCACAGCUUCUUGUCAUCAGAGCGCUGCUUGGCGUGUUCGAAGGUGGGACUAUGCUCGGUAUAGCCUUCCUGCUCAGCUGCUUCUACAAGAGACACGAGCUCAUGCUACGGAUCGGGCUCUUCGUUUCAUCGGUUGGUCUUUCUAGGGCCUUUGGGGGCCUCCUCGCCACAGUCUUGUCUCGAAUUGAGCCUUGGGGUGUAUCAUCCCUGAGAAUCCACACCUGGAGAAAUAUCUUUUUCUUUGAGGGACUCCUUACAGUCUUGAUCGGCUUGCUGGCUCCGAUGUUCAUGCCCGGAUCUCCUGGAACGGCAUCUUUUUUAACCCAGAGAGAACGACAGAUCGCCAUCCGCCGGCUGUUAAGAGAUCAGAAUGAAUCAGCCCCAUCAAAGGUCACCCGAAAAUAUGUUAAACGAGCCUUGUCAUCGAUAAUGAACAUUACCUGUGGCUUGGGAUUCCUCUUGAUCAAUAUUGUGGUUCAGGGACUUGCAGUAUUCCUACCAACCAUCCUGCUAGACCUUAACUGGACCGCUACCAAGGCUCAACUGAUGACAGUUCCACCAAACUUUCUUGCAUUCUUGGUGACGAUCUCGAUCGCCUAUCUCAGCGACAGAACCAGGAAGCGUGGGCCAUUCAUCAUCUUGCUGACGACAGUCUCGACGAUAUGUAUGGUCAUUUUACGCUGGGAAACGAAGGCCGCUGUCAAGUAUGUUGGUGUCAAUCUCGUCGUUUGUGGUGCUGGGGCUUCGGGUCCAGCCUACCUGAGCUGGGCUAUCAACAAUUCGGCCCCUUCUUCAGUACGAGCUGUCACUAGUGCCUACAUCGUUACCAUCGGGACUCUGGGCGGGCUAAUCGCAACGUGGGAUAAUAAGGCUAGAGACGCAGGGCUAGAGACCACAAGUUGGCAGGGCUCAAUGAAGCCGAGCAAGCAGAUCUGGGCCAUGAUCAUCCAAACUUCAGGCUACUAG